UUCAUACGCAUUUUUCCGCACAGAAAACGCCUCCAUCCUGUGCUCGGAAGUCCUCCUGCGCGUGUUUGUUUACGGAUGAAAUUUCGGUGUCCCAUCGUGCGGAUGCCCCGUCCCCGUCUCGUGGUGCCCCGUGCGUAAUUUCCCACUUUUCGCUGCGUAAAUCAGAGUGUGUUGCGUACGCACCCACCGCGACUUCCGCCGAGAAGAUGGCCUGACGGCAGCCCGAGUGAACUCCCAGGUUCGAGGUUACUUCGUUCGCAGUGUUGUGUUCCUGUUUUGUUUUCUUGCUUGCUACGACCGCGACUAGGAAGUUUAUGCGAAAGGGCAAAAACCAACACGAGUGUGUGUGUGUGUUUCCCGCAGUGUGUGUUGGUUUGUAAGUCGAAUUCUGAGUGUAACGCGAAAACAAAGCUCAACCAUCAUACAAGCCCAAAGUGUUUAAUCCGCGGAAAACGCCUCUCUACCAAUAGGAAGGCAAUUGUUUCCCCUGUGCGUUGAAAUCAGCCGCUUGCGAUUAGCCUACUGCGUUUUCAUUGUGUUGUGCUGUUCGCUUCUCACAGUGCUUGGCAAGACGGAGUUUACCAAACCCAAGAAAGUGAAGGUGUUUUUAUGUACAACAUCGUGCCGCUACCACCACCACCCCCCUGCACGGUAGUGCCGCCCGACGGCGACGACGACGACGGUGGCCACAAUCAUCCCUUCUACAACGAGCAACAACCACAGAGCGCGGCUACGGGCGACGGCACACCACUUCCCAGCACACGAUGGCCGACCAGGAAUCGGAUAUGGAGUACUCAUCGGACAAUGAUUACGAGUUUGAGGACUACUACAACUCAGGUGAAGACUGCGAUAUCGAGCAGAUCGACCCGAAGCGUGCCGAUCCGGAGUACUUCGUGUACGAGUGUCUGAACGUGGAGGAGGUCGAGAAGCUGAUGAACGAGCCGGUCGAGAAGCUGAGCACCCAGCUGCAGAUAACGCCAUCGCUGGCCAAGGUGCUGCUACACGAGACGCGCUGGGACACGGCGGAAGUGAUCGAACGGUAUCGGAACAAUGCUUCACAUCUGCUGGUGAGUGCCCGCAUCAAGGCGGCGCCUCCACCGGUGCCGACCCCGCUGGUGGUUCAUCACGCCGUACCGUCCACCUCAUCAUCGGGGGGCACCAUCACCGGACCCAACUUUCUCGUACCUUCGGCGUCGUCCGCGUUUGCCGCGACCUCUGCUGCUGCGGCGGCGGCGGCGGCGGCGGGGUCAAGCGGGAGCAGCAAAUCCCAUCAGCAGCAGCAGCAGCACCAGUACCAUCAUCAUCAGUUGGUGCAACUCGAAACGACCGGUAGUACCGCGACGACCACAACGACGACGACGACGACGGCGGCGGCGGUGGCGAGCACCACCGCCACCAACGUCAGCGGCGGUUACCGGACGCAGCUCUGUCCGGUUUGUGUGACGGUGCAGAUGACCGACAAGUUCCACCGGCUGUCCUGCGCGCACUCGUUCUGCCGCGACUGCUGGGCGAUGCACUUCGAGAUCCAGAUCGGUCAGGGCAUCUCGACGCAGAUCGAGUGCAUGGAGCAGCGGUGCGACGUGCGCGUCCCGGAGGACCUGGUGCUGAAUCUGCUCAACCGGCCGGUGCUGCGCGACAAGUACCAGCAGUUCGCGUUCGCCGACUACGUAAAAUCGCACCCGGAGCUACGCUUUUGUCCCGGGCCCAACUGCCAGAUUAUCAUCCGCAGCCAGGACAUUAGUCCGAAGAAGGCGUGCUGUAAGGUGUGCAAGACGAUGUUCUGCUUCCGGUGCGGUACCGACUACCAUGCGCCCACCGACUGCCAGAUUAUCCGCAAGUGGUUGACCAAGUGUGCGGACGACAGCGAGACGGCCAACUACAUCAGUGCGCACACGAAGGACUGCCCCAAGUGUCACAUCUGCAUCGAGAAGAACGGUGGCUGCAAUCACAUGCAGUGCUUCAACUGCAAGCACGACUUCUGCUGGAUGUGCUUGGGCGACUGGAAGGCGCACGGGUCCGAGUACUACGAGUGUUCACGGUACAAGGAGAACCCCAACAUUGCCCACGAGUCCGUUCACGCGCAGGCACGGGAAGCGCUGAAGAAGUACCUGCAUUACUACGAGCGAUGGGAAAACCAUUCAAAGUCGCUGCAACUCGAACAGCAAACGCUCGAUCGGAUGAAGACGCGCAUCAACGAGAAGGUGAUGAAGGGUCUCGGCACGUGGAUCGACUGGCAGCAUCUGUUCGAUGCGGCCGCCCUGCUCGCCAAGUGCCGCUACACGCUACAGUACACCUACCCGUACGCGUACUACAUGGAAUCGCGGAAGGAACUGUUCGAGUACCAACAGGCCCAACUGGAGGCAGAAAUCGAGAACCUUUCGUGGAAGGUCGAACGGGCGGAAACGACCGAUCGGGGCGAGCUGGAAAACCAGAUGGACAUCGCCGAGAAGCGGCGUACGACCCUGCUGAAGGACUUCUUCCCAAACGAAGCGUAAUGCGCGCGUGGAGUGCGCGUGGAUGAUGAUGAAGAUGAUGAACGAAAAAAGUAGUCCUCCUUUGCGCGCGCGGCCAAACGCAACGCAACGCAACGAUACAGAUCGGAAGGACGAAAAGAAGCUACUACCAGAUAAUAAAGACAAACGAUCUUCAAUGCAAUUGUGAAACUAUUAGUGAAUAGGAUAGUGUGUAACGUUAAGCGAAGCAUAUAUUACCAUUACUGGCGCGCGCCCCGAGAGACGGCCCCACGCACCACCACAUCCUUUGGGGGACACACGGUGUUGAUACAGCGGCAAAGGCAAUAUUAAUGUUCGAUGUAAAUGCGACGUGUUUUGCGGCGCGGGAAUUGUCAACGUGUCCCGCGACAGCUAGCAGGGAGCAUUAACACUAGAGCGCACUCAAGAGUGAAAUCACGUACUACUCGUCUAGAGCUAAGCGUUAGGGAAUAAGGAGAUUAGACGCCAGACAGCGAGAGAAAGCUAGCUGAGGGGACGGAUAAGAAGAAUUAGGCAAAGGAGGAUAUAUCGGAAGCAGCUUGUGGCCCGCUCUGACCAGUCAAGGCCCGCACUUGCUUGAUGCGCGUCCACUAGCCCACCACACAUCAGCGUUCAGCUAGUUUGUAGAUAAUCGAACUGAAUUACGAUGCUAAGCUUACCGAGUCACCGAGAGAGGCGAGAAGCGAAACCUAAUAGCGCAUAUGAUAAUUGCGAACGCAACGAG